UGUGCUGUAUUAACUGUAGAAUUUAUACCAAUUAACGAAAAGUCACUCUCCUUUGUAAAUUCCUAGAAACAUGCUAAUUAUUGGAUUAACUGGGACAAUUGCCUCAGGAAAAUCUACUGUGUCUAACUAUAUUAAGAAACAGCACAAUCUUCCCGUCAUUGAUGCAGACGUCGUGGCCCAUAGAGUUGUUGAACCUGGUACACCAUGCUUAAAAAAAAUUGUUCGUGAAUUUGGAACAGAAGUACUCAAAAAUGAUGGCUCACUUAACCGCCCUGCCCUAGGCAGAAUUAUUUUCGGGGACGAGCAAAAGCGACUUCGCUUAAAUAGCAUAGUGCAUCCUGCUGUGCGGAAGGAAAUGUUAAAAGAACUCUGGAGAUACUACAUUCGCGGCACAGGAAUUGUCUUUCUCGACGUCCCAUUGCUUUUUGAAGCUAGAAUGCAUCUUCUUUGUACCACCACAGUAACCAUCGUUUGUUCUCCUAUGAAUGUCAAACGUCGUUUGAUGGCUCGUAACCCCGAGCUGUCGGAAAAAGAAGUCGAGCAACGCAUCCAUUCUCAAAUGUCUUCACAGGAGAAAACGCAAUUGACUGACUUCGUCUUGGAGAAUGAGAGUGACGUACUCUCACUGUAUGCUCGUGUAGACCGUCUACUGUUUCGCCUACAUCCAUCCACUUUUGGAACUUUUUUGGCUCUGUUAUGUCCUUUUGUCCAAUUGUUUUUGGUUGUUUAUUCUUUUGUAAGACAAUACUGCAAGAAAGAGAGAAUCUAUUAAGCCUUUUUUUCACUUGCUUCUAUCUGCUUCCGUUUUGAGCUUAGUUUAGUCAAUAUAUCCAUCUCGCAUUAGAAUUCAAUGGCAUCUUGUAAAAAAGAA